CCCAGUAUCACUGCUGCCCAGAGCUGCAUGGGGCUACCCUGCCAAGAUGAGAUUGGGUCCCUGACUUUUUGGGGGGCUCUCCCCAGUACUGCUGCACUUUACAGAAGACAAUGGAUUUGGCAAGAACCCAGAUGAAGGGAUGAAAAGGAACACUGCAAAGUACCUAUGGAAACCUAUACCACAGAGCAAGCCUUUUCCAUGCGAUCGGUUCAAACAUGCCUGCAGCAUCUGCAGAGGGUUUGUUUAUCUUUAUGGGGGUCGAUGCAACAGCAGCCUAAGUGACUUCUGGCGGUACAGUAUAGCAAGCAACAAAUGGGAACAACUGGAUUGUUCAAAAGAUGGCCCAGAAGAACUGGAAGAACAUUCAAUGGUGGCUUAUCAGGGCAUCCUCUAUAUUUUCGGUGGGAUGGUGGAUUCUGCUUUUACGCAGGCGAAGAUCCCUCUCUGGAUGUAUGAUAUUGAUUCAUUGAGAUGGACUGAGUGCCGGCACACAGCAGUGGAGAUUGAGAGCAUUGCUCCAGCUAACAGAAAGGGCCACAGCGCAGUAGUGUACAAUUCCAUCAUGUACAUCUAUGGGGGAUACUUCGACAUCAAAGGGAUUUCACAAGAGUUUUGGGCUUUACAUUUUGAUACAGGAAAGUGGUCAAAGGUAUCUCCACUGUCUUGUGAUGCUGGUCCAGGACCCCGGCAUGGUCACUCCGCUGUGGUUUAUGGCACGGGCAUGUACCUGUUCGGAGGACUGAGGGGGCUGAGUGAACAGAGGGACCUAUGGAAGUGGGACUUUACAAGCUGCAAGUGGUCGACUAUCAGAACAAGCCAAGGUCCUCCAAAAGUGGUGGGACACUCUUCUGUGGUUUUUCAAGACUCCAUGCUGACUUUUGGCGGAGGGAUUUCAAACUCUAGGCCUAACAACAGCCUGUGGAAGUACCAUUUCAGUUCCCAGAUAUGGGAAAAACUGGCUAGUACAACAGAGGUAAUUCUUUCUUCUAAAAGGUAUCACUGCAUCGUGGGCAUUGGUGUUGGUUUCCAACUGACGCCAGGUUUCUCUGGGGCAUCCCCCAUCAAUCACUGGUGUCUAAAGGGGAAAGAGCCUCAAAAGUUGGUGGCGGUCUCAAAGCAGAAUGCCCAUUUUCAUGGCUACUUUCACCAGCAGCCUGUACACCAACCAUUCAGCAACGAUGGUGGCAACGAGAUAGAAAUGAAGACCUUUAGCCAGACUCUGGAGCCAUUGGGCUUUUGCUCAUUCCAAACCUCUUCAGAGGCAGAACUGUGUGUAGACAAAGCACAGAGCAUAUUUUCCAAAAAUGAGCAUUUCUCCCACCUCAUCGCUUCCCAAGAACAAGCUCUCACUGCUGCUGAAGUUACAAAAAACAGGAGAGGAACUGACUGUCAGCCUGAGAGACCUAUGAGCAUGGCAGUUACCAACCAUCCUGAUAUGCUGCUCCUGAUUGGGGGCAAGCCCCGGUCCAGUCUCUGUGAAAUCUCACUCUGGCAAAUGGAGCUGAACAGCAUUUAAAUGAAAUACACAUAAGAGAGACAUUCCCACCUGCUUCUCAGUAGAACUAACUAGGAAGUAUUAUAUCCAGUGGUCUAUUUCACAUUUUUGGUGAAAAACAGUCUUUCUAAUAACUGACUGAACUUCUUUUUACACAGUCUUGGUUUAUGCCCUUGGUUUUGUGCGGUAGAGAGAUUCCUACCCAGAUCAUUGUGGGAUCCUUUUUUAACCCAAAAUUACAGUAGAUCUCCUUGCAACCCCUCCCUAAGAACAACCUAUUGAGCUCCUGAUUCCACCCUUCUCUAUAGCUGCCUUGUCUUCUGGUCACUUUCUAAGUCUUUUUCAAGUUGGUGGCCAAUACUGUGUACAGUCAUGGAACCCGUUAGGUUAGAAGGGUCCUCUGAGUGGGUCCUUCUAGGCCUUACAAGCACUAUUUGUAGAAUAAAAUGUGCCAAUUCUGCCUUGACUUACACCAAGGCAACCCCAUCAACAAUGUAAAUGGGUCAAAAGUUGGUCCUCUUGAUAAAUUAAGAUUAUGGUACUGGUUAAUGCACAAUUUUGAACACUAUUUGGAUGUAUUUAAACAUGCUACCGCCACAAUAUAUUUGAUUCAUUUAGGGGACAGAUUGCAGAUGGCAAACACAGGUCAGUGUAGACAACUGUCCGAGAGUCAGACUGGAACAAAGGAAGAACGUAUUGUGAAUACAGUGUUAUGCUGGAAGCUUUAUUAAUGGCUACCAUCAGCAGGUCCGUGAUCUGUAAACAAUCACAGACCAGGUUAAAGCUCAUGCAUGUUACUUUCAGGCUAAAUGGAAGGAGGAAUUAGAUCCUUCUUUACGUAGAGAUAGCUAGAAGCAAUAGGAGAAUAAUGCAUAAGACACUGGGCCAUAUGGUAAAGUCUGAGCAGGUCUGAUGGUUUCCCUAAGG